AUGUUGGUAUGUCUACGUGUUUGUGGAGCGUACUCUUACCGGCUGACUCGAAGACAUUCUACAAUAUUUCUAAUAAUAUCCUUUGUUGUUGUUCUGUCAUUGAUAUUUCAAUUUUAUGCCUACAAACAUCAGGAGUUACCACGGUAUCCACCGAGAAUCGGUGAUUUUGACUACAGGCCAGGAGCAUUUCUUAAGGGUCGACAGCCAAGUGAAAACAUAAGUUAUUGCCAAUUUAAUUAUGGCCUUCCAGAUACAAUAAGAUGGGAAACUGUUCAUAUAUUCCCCUCUCCAGAAGGUGGUCGGGCUAGCAAUUACAGGGUUAUAUAUAACGCAAUAAUGGGUAGUGCGUAUGCAAACCAUUCUAAAUAUAAUGCAGUUACAUAUGCAACUCAAGCAACACCUGAGUUUAUUUAUCAUAUUGUUGAGAUAGCCAGAUAUUGGGAUGGUCCCAUUAGUUUAUCAGUUUUUGUACCGAAUUAUGACAUGGAUAUAGCAAUAAAUAUAAUGAAUCAUUUAUGCCGAUGUUAUUCAUCAAUGUCGAAAGUAUCUCUACAUCUAUUUUAUCCCAAAAUGUUUCCGCCAAAAGUAGGCAUACAUGAGCCCGUUAUAACCACAACUGAGAUAUCAACGACUACACAGAAUGUAACAGAUAUUCAAAUACGAAAAAUGCAAAAAUAUCGAUCUUUAAAUAAUAAAACGAGAGCAGAAUAUAUUCAAUGGGUGAGAAAAAAAAAGAUUGAGAAAAUGAUGGCUAAAAUAGGCAAGAGACAGCCUCCAAAAUUAAUAUUCACUGAUUGUUCUGGCCUAGAGGUAUUCGAUGUUUCUACUUUUAGACGAGAGAACAAUAUGAUAUAUCCAAUAAACGUAGGGAGAAAUGUAGCGAGGAAUGCAUCAAGGACAAACUACUUCAUAGUAUCAGAUAUUGAGUUGGUACCGAGUAACGGAUUAGCGCCGAAAUUUCUCGCAAUGUUGAGGAAACUUAUGGGCGAUAAGAAACGAGAUGAGGGUUGUAUAUUCUCAAAGACGGUCUUUGUUGUGCCGUUGUUCGAAGUUGAAAGAGGAGUGGAUAUUCCACGCGACAAAGAAACGUUAGUUCGUCUAAUAAAUGAGAACCGAGCGAAGUACUUCCAUCAAAAGGUUUGUGCUCAUUGUCAGCGUUUCCCUGGCCUACAAUCAUGGUUACUGCGGCCUUCACCUCCUGUUGUUGAACCAAUGUUGAUCGCGAGACGAGAGUAUCCUUAUCAUCGCUGGGAACCACUAUAUUUUGGCACACAGAAUGAACCCUGGUACAAUGAAGUGCUAUCGUGGGAGGGAAAACAGGACAAGAUGGCACAGAUGUUAGAGAUGUGUCUUCGGGAAUAUCGUAUGGUGGUAUUGGACGGGGCCUUUCUGUGUCACGCCGCAUCUCCAAGGAACACCACGGGACGGAACAGGGCUCAGCGGAUCAAUCACAGGCGUUAUCAAAAUGCUGUAUCAGCUUUCAAACUAAAGUAUCCAAAUAGACCUAAAUGCAAAAUUAUGUAUGGAUGUUGA